AUGACUUUAUCAGUAACACUACCCAAACAAGAACCAACAAAACGGGCACAAGGCACACAGAGGGUUUCGCUCGAAUUUAUAAAUGAUGAAGUUUCUACAAAUGCUAUUUCAAACACGGAUUUGGAAUCCCUCAAAGAAAACCUUGCAGUACCUUCCUUCCUGUACAAUGGCCAGGAUUACAUUUUGGUGAAGCAAUUGGCUAUGUUGUGGAAUUAUUUAUCCUCCUACCACUUGGUUCUAGCACUUUCAAAGCACGGCAUUAAAAAAGAGGACAUUCUUCAAACUAGUUCGGAAAUGAAUGACGAUUUGUUUGCACUGGGGGCUAUCACCAAUAAUGACAAAUCAACCAAGUUAUUCUACGUAUCAUUGCCUUUAAUUUAUUGCAAAAUUUCAAACAAAAAUGUGUUUUACAACAAUUAUGACGUUGAAGAUGGUUUGGAAAAGGGAAUCCAGCAGCCACCUAAAUCCAGCAGCAAUCUAUCUGUGACCGAGGAAGAGAAGGAGGAUGAACCACUUAUAGAUGAUGAAGAGGAGGACGAAGUGGACGAUAUUGAACAGGGGGGAGACCUUGAAGAAGAAAGCAAGGAGACAACCUUUCUGAAACAAGCGAAGCGCCAUCACUUCCAUAAACGCACACAUGACGCUGAAACUCCCGGGGAUGACAAAGUGACUGUGAGCCAAGUAUUCCCUCAAUAUGGUGUCGUUGAAUCCACUACUCAGUUGAAUCAUACCCUGUUUGGGACUUUGAACUCCUCUACAAAGUUGAACUUUUACAAAACUUUGCUGACACCUGGCCUUAGAUUCCUUCCAAACACCAAGCUCAACUUUAAUGAGAGAGAGUUGCUUCUAGGGUCGAACAAUUUUCUGGAUAUCGAAAUCGAGGAGGGGUCUGAAUCAAUAAAGAAACAAGGUUUCCGGAAGCCUUUGGGCAGAUCGAGGAAAAACAAUAUUCACAUUGAUCCAAAUACUUUGGAUUUGAGUGAAUCUGUUGCACCAGGACAAGGCUAUAUUCCUGAGUUCAGCGUAAGUCAUUUGUGCAAAGUGCCCAACUAUUAUAUCACUUCGAAUCAACAGGCGCCACUGCAAUCCUUCAACACUAAAAAAUUGAACACCACUUCUAAUUCAUCUUUUCUAUUCAAUGAUGGGAUAAAAAUGUCAAAAAACAUACAGCAACUUGUUUUCAACAACGAGACUGAUAACUACCAUCACUCGAAAUACUUUUACACAAAAGGGUACCGGGGUCCUGGGUCAGGUAACUAUAAGGAUGGUGCACUAAUGAAGAAGAUCAGCAAGAUACCGAUGACGAACGAUCGCACAAGGGUUCACAAGACAAAACUUUCAAAUAGAGAGAAACACAACAAAUCCUUGAAGGGAUUGGUGCAUGAGAAGUUCAACAGGAAGUCAGUGGAAAGUUUGCUUGCCGAGCAGCGCAAGUAUACCGAAGACUAUUUAAAUCUUGAAAUGUUACACAAUAGUGUUCAAUUCAAUUUUUUACUCAACUCCUACCGUGAAAUAUCGGAAGACACUUGGAACAGUUAUUUUAAAUUCAAAUUACUUGACUUUGAGCAAUUUAGGGCUUUGCAACUGGAAAAAGAUGAAUUGAAGGAGAGAGAGCGGUUUUUGCAAGAGCAUAAGAAAUGGGUAGAGGAUGACAAGCUACGCGAAGAGAGGCUUCGUAUGAUUUUUAGUGACGAACACACAGCAAUGGAGAAACUCAAGCUAGAGUUUGUUGAACUAAGAAAACAGUUGGAGGAAAAGAAGCGCCGCUGGGAAUUGGAAGCUUCAUUUGGAAAUUCGAUAGAUGCAGGUGACGAGGAAGGAAAUUUUGCCGAAAAGCUUGAAGAGCUUGAAUCAGAUUUUAGACUGAGGCAGCUUGAAUUAUCGAGGGAGUAUGAGUUGAAAAAGAAGCAGUUUCUCACACCUUUAAAGCCUCCACAACCUAUCGAAACACCCCAGGUGGAUAUAGUUUCAAAGUUUGUUUCUCCCGCUAGUCAUCCAGAAAUAUUGAGGCAGUUGCCUAUGGAGUUGAGGGACGCUGCGGAUUUAAAUAAAGACGAGAUACCUUCCAUCAAGAACCCAAUAAAGUAUGUCGCAACAUUUCCGUCCAGUGCAAAUGAAGAGUAUUUAACAAGAGUUGAGGUGGUGAAACUACCAAAUGCCAACUCCAUUGGAUGGGAUAACCUUAAAAAGUAUAAAGAUAACUAG